CGGACUCGGCAGGACUCAGACUCCCCCGACCCCGAGGAUGCUGCUCACGGGGCCCCCGACCCUCCUCCUGCUGCUCUGGGGGGCCCUGGCCCUGACCCAGACCUGGGCGGGCCCCCACUCCCUGAGACAUUUCCUCACCGCUGAGUCCCGGCCUGGACAUCGCAAGCCCCGCUUCGUGGUCGUCGGCUACGUGGACGACACGCAGUUCGUGCGGUUCGACAGCGACUCCGCGAGCCCGAGGAUGGAGCCGCGGGCGCCGUGGAUGGAGCGGGAGGAGCCGGGCUACUGGGACGUGAACACGCGGAACGCCGAGGUCGCCGCACAGAGUUUCCGACUGAACCUGGACAUCCUGCGCGGCUACUACAACCAGAGCCGGGACGGGUCUCACACCUUCCAGUUGAUGUUUGGCUGCGAAAUGGGACCCGACGGGCGCCUCGUCCGCGGUUAUGACCAGUCCGCCUACGACGGCACCGACUACCUCGCCCUGAACGAGGACCUGCGCUCCUGGACCGCAUCCAACACCGUGGCUCAGAUCACCCGGCGCAAGUGGGAGGCGGAAGGUGUAGCGGAGGAAAGGAGACACUACCUGCAGGGGGAGUGCCUGGAG